GGCAGCGCUGGCUCACACCGGCAGUGUCGGUAGCGGCGGCGAGUGUGUGUGACCAUGUCUGGCCGGGGCAAGGGCGGUAAGGGGCUCGGCAAGGGCGGCGCCAAGCGCCACCGCAAGGUGCUGCGCGACAACAUCCAGGGCAUCACCAAGCCGGCCAUCCGCCGCCUGGCUCGGCGCGGCGGCGUCAAGCGCAUCUCGGGGCUCAUCUACGAGGAGACGCGCGGCGUGCUCAAGGUCUUCCUGGAGAACGUCAUCCGCGACGCCGUCACCUACACGGAGCACGCCAAGAGGAAGACGGUCACGGCCAUGGACGUGGUCUACGCCCUCAAGCGCCAGGGUCGCACUCUCUACGGCUUCGGCGGCUAAAAUCUUCUCUUCCUACCGGAGCACAACCACAAAAUCACAAAGGCUCUUUUAAGAGCCACCCACCUAUUCCUUGAAAAGAGC